AUGGCCACACAGACACCCAAGUCCGUUCAUGCUGGACCAGACGACAGCUGGCACGGCGUGAUUGACAAGUCGUCCGAUAAUCCAUUCCAGCCAGAGAAGGGACGCUAUCACCUGUAUAUCGGUCUGUUCUGUCCGUUCGCACAUCGUGCAAACCUACUGCGUCACCUCAAAGAUCUGCAGGAUGUCAUUGAUGUCAGUAUCGUCAAGCCUUACCCUAAAGGCAAUGACAAGGGUUGGCCUGGCUGGCAGUUCCCUGAGUCGAACGAUGAAUACCCCAAUGCUACUGUAGACAAGCUGUUUGGAUCCAAGUAUCUGCACGGGGUUUACUUCAAGGCCGACAAAGACUACAAGGGUCGCUUCUCGGUACCUCUUCUGUGGGACAAGAAGACGAAUACCGUAGUCAACAAUGAAUCAGCAGAGCUUCUGCGCUGGCUUCAGACUGCGUUCAAUGAUCUGACCUCGCUCGAGAAGGCAAAGCUGACUCUAUACCCUGAACACCUACGCCAGAGGAUUGACAGGAUAGCCGAGUGGAUGCAAUCAGAUCUGAAUACUGGUGUAUACAAGGCUGGAUUUGCGCCUGACCAAGAAACCUACGACAAGAAUAUUCCACCAGUGUUUGGGGCUCUCAACAGACUCGAGAAACUGCUUCACGAUGGCAAGGGUCCUUACGUCCUCGGUAAAGAAAUGACCGAGCUGGAUAUCCGCCUUUACGCCACUCUGAUUCGUUUCGAUACUGUCUAUGUGCAGCACUUCAAAUGCAAUCUCGGUACAAUACGCCAUGACUACCCAGUCUUGAAUAACUGGCUCAAAGGCAUGUACUGGAAUCAUGAGGAGUUUAGAAACACCACAGAUUUCAAGCACAUCAAGGAGAAUUACACCAAAAGCCACUAUGAUGUGAAUCCCAAGGCAAUCACACCAUUGGGCCCGUGGCCUCAUAUCGAAAAUGGCUACGAGGAGGAUUGGAGUAAGCUUAGUCCAGGAAGUGUUGACAUGCCAGAGGUUCUGGAGCAUGAGAAGACGCUGGAAGUGUAA